AGCGCCGCCCGCCCCGCACGGCUCCGAUCCGGUCAUGGCUCUGCGGCUGCUGCGCGCCGCGCCCGGGGCAGCGAAGUCAUCACUUCUUUGCCACUCACGGAGCAGCUCCAGCUCUAAGCCUGGAGGAAGAUCUGAACCUGCUAAGCAGCCACUAAAGAAACCAAAGUUACCAGUAGGUCGGUUUGAUGAACCAGAAGAGUCCAGCAUGGAGAAGGAACCCCUGGAAAAAUUCCCUGAUGGAAUCAAUCCUACUACAAAAGAGAGGGGUGGACCUAGAGGCCCUGAACCUACACGUUUUGGAGACUGGGAGAGAAAAGGACGUUGUAUAGAUUUUUAAUAUUUAAAUAUCUGUAUUGCUAAUAAAAUAUUUCUAGUUGAUGAAAAAUAUAAUGUACAAAAAAAAUCUCACCUGGAUUUGUCGUGCUUAUUGUUUCUGUUGUGCCACGACAUUCUGUCAUGUGAUGAAGUUUCUGAAUAAUGCAAUGUAAUCAAACACAAUGCUGCAGCUCAGAUUAUGGAGCUGUUAGUAGUUCAAUGUCUGCCUGAUCUUUACUACUACUUACAGUGUGCAAGUAUAAAUGCAAGUGUAGUGGUGUGAAAUUGGUAGUCAGGGGCUUAUUGAGAUGUAUAAGGGUCUGUAUUUCUAUAUGAAUGUAAAGAUUUAUGUGAUGUUGUAAA